AUGAGCGGAUUUACUCCCAACAUAGCUGAUAAAGAUGUUAGAGUCGUUGUGGGCUUGGACUUCGGGACCACAUUCUCAGGUUUCGCCUAUGCCCAUACGACGAACCCUAAUAAUGUUGAAACGAAUGACACAUGGCACAAUCGCAAAGCUUUAGUGAAGACUAACACUGCUCUCUUAUAUGAUGAGAAAUGGAAUGUAACUCAAUGGGGCGCCGCAGCCCUAGCAUCAAAACCAAAGA